CCUAUAUAAGACUGCCAUUGCAAGAAAUUAUUUCAACACAUAUCUCACAGAGACGGAAUACAAUAAAUGAAACAGUUUGAAAACAGACGAAAAAUGCAUUUAUUUGGUUACCAUGACAGUUUCCAUCACCAUGACGAUACAUACACGCAUGUUCAUCAGCAUGUCAGAAUUGUCGUAAUGGGGGCAGCUGCCGUUGGCAAAACCUCGCUUAUCAAACAGUGCCUUUAUCAUCAUUUUUCUGAUGAUUAUACCAGAACUAUUGAAGACAUAUUUCUCUACAAAGGUGACAAAUUCAGUCUGGAGAUAAUCGACACUUCCGGUUCUCAUAAUUUUCCGGAAAUGAUGAAAAUAGCAAUAAUGGCGGGAGAUAUUUUUGUAGUAGUUUUCUCCGUAGAUGACUGGACAACAUUUGACAGAGUAGCAGCGAUAAGAAAACAAAUAACUGAGAUGCGGGGCCAAGAUAUACCAAUUAUUGUUGUUGGGAAUAAAGCUGACACGCAAGAGCGGGAAGUCCCAAUCGAAGUCGCCGAUUCUGUAGUUUGCAUAGACUGGGGUUGUAAGUAUCACGACACUUCAGCAAAUAAUACGGACCAAGCUUGUGAAGUGUUCAAUGAAGUAUUAAACUAUUUUCCUGCUCUAUACGGGGAGAAAAUAGUACAUCAGAAAGAAACUGUUCAUUUGCCGACGAGGUGUACUAAGAGGAGAAAAUCAAAGAUAAGAAGUUCUUUGCAAUCUUUUGUUAAACUGAUUCAAGAAAAGUGUUCCAGAGAAUCAGACUAGUUGCACUUGCUAUACAGAAUCAAAUGUGGAUAAACAUGUGCAAUCAUUUUGCUUUACAAAUAUUUGUUUCGUGAUUAAAUAGUGUUGUAAUGUCAUAAACAUGCCAAAAAUAGUUGUCGAAACAACGAACUAUCUUGCCAAAAU